AUGACAGCUAUCAAGACUUCGACUAACGAAAAAGUGCUCCCAAGUCCAAGCCAGCACCCGUACAUGGCCGCCUUUGUCACUCCGAUGCUCAUCUCAAUGGACGGGCCGCUGACCGGCGCCGAACUGGACACUCAGCUUGGCGCGCACGGGCUCCUCGACGGCUGCCCGUCCCUUCGCAUCACGCCCGUUCCGACCAAGACCUCCGACGGCCGUCAGAUCAUCUACGACGAGCGCGGCGUGACUGUCGUCUCCAAAUUCCGCAAGUUUCUCGGCUCGAGUAUCUCUAUCGGAUCGAUGGGCGUGUGCCUGUGGAUGAUUCUGACGAAGAGAGGACUGCUCAUGGAUGAACUCGCCAUCAUCGCCAACGUCUUGAUGCUCACCGUCGCGUUCAGUCGCAAACCCUUCUCGCUUCGCAUCUUCUCGUUCAUUGCGGUUAGUUCCGCGAAAGAUCGCAGUCUUUUUUAGAGUGAUCACAACCUCAUAAAGAUAGUGUGAAGCGAAGUUCUCUCAUUUUAGUAGGUGGCUGGCCUGAUACAGGUUGGGGGUAAAUAGCUCAAAUGACAGACGGAAUGAGUUGAGAAUGGGGUACUGUAAUCAAAACCGGGGUGCAUAAAGUUAGCCUUUCUGCAAAAGUUUGGCGAUCUAGGCCAUCUAAUUUGUUUUGUUUUCAGUUCGUCAACGAGCUGGUCCACGCGAUGGAGCUCGUGUUCCAGAUCGUCCGUCUCUUCCCGUACGCUUCUGUUCCCGAGAACGUGAGCUACAACGACGAGCUCAUCGCGAUGAUGAUCGAGCGAGCCUUCAUCUCGUUCGUCCACUUCAUCCGUGAGUUUUCCUAGCCUAUGCAAUUUCUAUUCGCUCCCGUUGUUUCAGUGGCCUCCCUGUGCUUCAUGCUGAUCCUCGACGCCUUCAACAACGUCGUCGACGCCCGCAGCAUCGAGCGUCGCAUCAAGAACACCGGCAAGAGAGCGCAGAUUGUCUAA